AGACAAAGGCUUUGAGCCCAGGACGCCCCUCUCUCUCUCUCACUCUUCCCACAAAGCCAAUCCUGCUCUAUCUUUUUUUGCCUUUCUAUCAUGGAGCUGUGUUUUAGUAGGUGGCGGUAAGAGUGCCGGUUUUGUUUUUCACUUUCUCAUUCUGAAAUGUACGACCGUCUGGAUCCCCGCUCGGCCGAGAGAGGAAGGCUUUUUGUAGGUAUAAUACAAGGAAGCGUCGUCUGAGAGAGGGAGAGAGGGGGAAGGAUUGACGCUUUUUCCUCCUCUCCUCCACCUCCUUCCUUUCGCCCCCCUCUCCUCCUCUUUUUUGGCGGAGAGAGGGGUUGAGGCAGGAAUAAACGCUCUUUUUUUGUUUUUUCUUUUUCUUUUUUAAUACAUUUGAAUCCUACUGCGCAACCAGACCGGAUCACGUGUCAUUGGAGAGAGUUGGAUCGAUUUUGCACAGUUCAGUGUGAGAGAAAAAGAGAAACACACACACACAACUCCUAUUUCCUCUUCUUCUUUUUUUUAAUUUUUACUUCUGUGGAUAACUGGGACUGUUGAUACUUUUUGCGUAAUUGCAACAGAAGCGGGUGUUUGAGUGGACUUCUCUUUUCAGCCUUGGAGGUGUGGAGUAUUAAUUCUUAUAUGCCUGGGUUUUAAAAAACAAUGGAGACGCACAUUUCGUGCCUCUUCCCGGAAAUUUUGGCCAUGAUUUUCAGCUAUCUGGAUGUGAGGGACAAAGGCAGGGUAGCCCAAGUGUGCAUCGCUUGGAGGGACGCAUCCUACCAUAAGUCAGUGUGGAGGGGGGUGGAGGCCAAGCUGCACCUCCGCCGGGCCAAUCCCUCCCUGUUCCCCAGCCUCCAGGCCAGGGGCAUCCGGAGGGUCCAGAUCCUGUCUCUGCGCCGCAGCCUCAGCUAUGUCAUCCAGGGAAUGCCCAACAUCGAGUCCCUCAAUCUGUCAGGCUGCUACAACCUGACUGACAACGGGCUGGGUCACGCGUUUGUGCAGGAGAUCCCGUCACUCCGGGUUUUGAACCUGAGUCUGUGCAAGCAGAUCACUGACUCCAGUCUCGGCAGGAUCGCCCAGUAUCUGAAGAACCUGGAGGUGCUGGAGCUCGGCGGCUGCAGCAACAUCACCAACACUGGACUUCUGUUGAUAGCCUGGGGCCUCCACCGGCUCAAGAGCCUCAACCUGAGGUCCUGCAGGCAUGUGUCAGACGUGGGGAUCGGACAUUUGGCGGGUAUGACCCGCAGCGCAGCGGAGGGCUGCCUAAACCUGGAGUACCUGACUCUGCAGGACUGUCAGAAACUGACAGAUCUGUCGCUCAAACACAUUUCCAAGGGGCUGACCAAACUCCGGGUGUUGAACCUGAGCUUCUGUGGGGGGAUCUCAGACGCAGGGAUGAUCCACCUCUCCCACAUGGGCUCCCUGUGGAGCCUGAACCUGCGCUCCUGUGAUAACAUCAGUGACACGGGGACCAUGCACCUUGCCAUGGGCACGCUGAGGCUCUCUGGACUUGACGUUUCCUUCUGUGACAAGAUCGGGGACCAAACUCUGGCGUACAUCGCUCAGGGGCUCUACCAGCUCAAGUCCCUGUCCUUGUGCUCGUGCCACAUCUCUGACGACGGGAUAAACAGGAUGGUGAGGCAAAUGCACGAGCUGAGGACCCUGAACAUUGGACAGUGUGUACGGAUCACGGACAAAGGACUGGAGCUCAUAGCGGACCACCUGACCCAGCUGGCGGGCAUUGACCUGUAUGGAUGUACCAAGAUCACCAAGAGGGGACUGGAGAGGAUCACACAGCUCCCCUGCCUUAAAGUGUUGAAUCUGGGACUGUGGCAGAUGACAGAGAGUGAGAAAGUGAGGUGAUUGGAAAUGUUUAUUUUUGAGAGUGUGCGUGUGCUUGUGUGUGUGUGUGUUCUUUUUCUUUUUUGGAUGGGGACAGAGGGAGACAUGAGGAGCAUGAUGAAGUGGGACGAAUGGGGAUGGAAAUUUCCUUUUUUACCUAAAAAGAGAAACCCUUCCUUUAUCCUCCUGCUUCAGGUGUCAUUCUCCCAUGGGUCCAGAAUUUUACAUUCGAUGUCUUAUUUUUUCUUUACGUUUUGCCUUGCAGGAUUUAAAUUAGUGUUUGAUAUGACUUAAUAUUCUGCCUGGUAGAAAGCAAUUAAAACUUUUGUUUUGAGCUGAUGAAAUCCCCUGUUAACAAACGCUUUGAUCUCAUAUUGAGUUUUAAUGUCUCGUAAAAUGCGACUUUGAACUGGACAAAACUUCAGAGCGAAUCGGUUCGUUUCGCAGAGAGUCAUUUCCUCGAUUCAGUAGUCUUCAUUUCCUGACACCGGCUUUCCAGAAGAUUCUGGAAGUGAAACUUUCACCCAUCCAAACGGUUUCUUUCCCUAAUCAAUCAAAGCAAAGAGGAGGUUUUAAAACUUCAAUAUGAGACUUUUUUAUUUUUGCAGUGAGUCUGCGUUUGAGACAUUUAUGACUAAUCUCCGCUACAGCCAUCACGCCUAAAAACAUUUGGCUACCUCGUAUUUGGUUAUUUUUUAAAGGGUGUAUACUGUUAAAAAAAAAAAAGAGAGAGAGAGAGAGAGGAGAGA